GUUUAGGGGGCAGGAUCGGGGAGGGGGAGGGGGGGUUAGUACACUCAAGAUGGCCUCGGAUAUGAGUUAUAGGGUUCGCCAGAGGAUCAGCCGGCUCGGCCAGAGGAUGUCGGGCCUCCAGAUUAAUUUCAACCCGCUUAAGGAGCCACUCGGCUUCAUCAAGAUUCUCCAGUGGGUAGCUUCCAUUUUCUCUUUUGCCACUUGUGGAGGGUUUAAAGGCAAAACAAGUUUCCUGGUUUCCUGUCAGGGUUCUAAAAAUGAGACAGUUGCAGCUGCCUUUGCCUAUCCUUUCAGGUUGAAUCAGGUUUCACUUCAUGCAACUCAUGACUCUUUCUGUAAUAAAACUUGGAACGAUUAUGUUCUUAUAGGAGAUUUCUCUUCUUCUGCCCAGUUCUAUGUUACAUUUGCAGUUUUGGUCUUCCUAUACUGCAUUGGUGCACUUGUUCUUUAUAUUGGUUAUAUGAACCGAUAUCGGGAUAGUCGAAAAAUUCCUCUUAUCGACUUCCUUAUUACUCUUAUUGCUACUUUCUUAUGGUUGGUGAGCACUUCAGCCUGGGCUAAAGCUCUGACAGACAUUAAGAUGAUCACUGGUGAAAAUCUCAUUGGUCAGAUUGACUUAUGCAGUGAAAAGGGGAUACAUUGCUACUUUGACUCUGUAACCAGUAUGGGAUCUCUGAAUGUAUCUGUGAUCUUUGGUUUUCUGAACAUGAUACUAUGGGGAGGAAAUGCUUGGUUUGUAUAUAAGGAGACCAGCUUGCACGGUCAAUCAAAUGUUUCUACCCAUGGCGCAGGAACAGUUGCAUCUCCUUCAGGAAUGUAAUUAAAGGAGAGAACUACACUGUGUGAAGAAUCUAUUCUACAACAUAUUGCCAGCAUCUUUAGAGACAAUGCAGUUUGUUUCUAAUAAAAGUAAUGGUGUUUGCAAUAAAUUGAUGGAUUAAAAAUUUUGCUAGUUUUUACAUGAAAUAUGUGCCUUAGAUACAAAUUCUGGAUGUAAAUGUUUCAAUUUGUAGACUCAAAGAUCUAGGGCUUUAUUAUGAGAUUGUAUACAUAAAAAUGAAUGUGCAGUUUCUUCACUAAAUUUUUUUGUCUAGCAAAAGUGUUUACCCCUUAAGCUUUAACAUAUGUAUCUUUAUUCAGGAAGGGGAUGUAUUAUCCUAUUUUUUCUUUUUUAAGAAACUGCAUUUGAAUUACACACUACUGUAAGUUUGUACAGUUUGUAUGCCUUAAGACCUGACCUGUCUUUGUUUAAAAAAGGCUUAUUGCAUUAUAAAUAGCAUAGCAAAAAAAAAAAAAAAACUGUUUAGUUCAGAAUUUAAAUCUAAAUACUGUUCAUGUUAAACAAAAAUUCCUGAAUACAGAGAUGGGUUUUAAAAUAAAUAACCUUCAAUACUUAAUAGUUGUACAAAAUUUGUUUUGAGGAUGGGGAUUGGAAAUUUCAAGUGUGUAUAAAUGUUCUUUGAUACAGUUAAUAUGGUAAUUCUACAAUUCAAAGUGUUUACAUUAUGCUGGUUGGUUUCAUAGACUAAGUAUACGUAUACUCUAAAUAUGGUUCACCUAGACACUUUGAAAACUUCAGGCAUAGUCUUAUUAAUAUUUGUCCUCUAUUACUCAUGCUACUUGGUUUCAGACUGGGAUAAUCCAAGUAUAGGGGGAAAUUUUUUUCCUUUUUUUUUAAACCCAUUCAGAGGAGAAAAGAAAUUGUUUUUUUACUUUUGAAAUGCAUUUAAAUGUUGAGUCAAUGAAGUUGCUAUUGGAAGCUCAGCACUGAUAUUAUGAAAAUAAGAAACGAGAUCCAAAUUUCAUUUUUCUUAAUGUUCUCAUUCUUACUACAUAAAUGGAUGAUUUUUUAAAUUAUGUAUGUGUGGGUAAACAAAGGAACAUAAGUGAGCGAGCUACAUAAUGGGUGCCUGUUUCUUUGUACACAUAUUUGGUUGUAUCCUGAGUAUGCAUAAGUCAUUCAUAUUAUUUGCUAAUCUAUAUAGUUGCAUUGUACAGAAAUUCAGAUUUUUUUCUUCCAAAUUGAUUGUUACUUUGUGAAGCACAACUCACUGUUGCCACAUUUUUGUUGCCUUUAUUCAUGACAAGAAUUGUCCAUGUGAGAAAUGUAUGUCUUUUAUGCAGCCAACUUAAUAAUAAAAAAAUGUUGCAAAAUGA